AUGAGACAUCAGAGCUACGCAUCGUACACAGGUGCCGAACGAGCACAGAAAUUCAAGCAAAUGGCAGUUAGCCUGCAAGCUCAACAACAGUUUUUUUUUCGUGCUAACAAAAUACAGGAAAACGCCACAACAACAAGCUAUGAAGUCGCACAACUUAUUGCCCAGCAUGGCAAACCGUUCUCAGACGGUGAUUUCAUAAAGCAGUGCCUCAUCAAAGUCACAGAAGUAAUGUGCCCGGAAAAAGUGCAGGAUUUCAACAACGUGAGCUUAUCCAGAAAUACAGUGGUGCAGAGAAUCAAGGACUUGUCAGCUAACCUGAAACUUCAGCUGAGAGAGAAAGCUUGUGCUUUUGAUUUUUACUCGAUAGCAUGCGAUGAGAGCACAGACGCCACAGACACCGCACAGCUUUUAAUUUUUUUGCGGGGAGUCGAUGAUAAUUUUUGCUGUACGGAGGAGCUGCUUGAUAUGAUGAGCCUAAAAGGCACAACGACGGGUGGAAAUAUUUUUGACGCUGUGUCAGAGGCAGUUGAAAAGAUGGGGCUUAACUGGGACAAGCUCUGUGGGGUAACAACGGAUGGAGCUCCGGCCAUGACGGGUGAGCGCAAAGGAAUGGCAUCCAUGGUGUGCGUCAAGGUAAAAGAGAGCGGAGGUGAGGCUGUUAGGAUGCACUGUAUAAUCCACCAAGAAGCACUGUGUGCCAAGACUGUCCAGCUGGGUGAUGUGAUGAACACUGUUGUAAAAACUGUCAACAUAAUUCGAGCUAGAGGACUGUACCACAGGGAAUUUCAAGCUUUAUUAUCUGACAUGGAUGCUGAAUACAGGAAUGUACUCUACCACUCUGAUGUGCGCUGGCUCAGCUGUGGCUCUUUGCUGCAGCGGUUUUAUUCGCUGAGAUCAGAAAUCGACAAGUUUUUUUCAGAGAAGGGCCGACCUCUUCAUAAACUGAGUGACCCUCUGUGGCUGGCAGACCUGGCAUUUUUAGUUGAUCUCACUCAUCAUCUGAAUACACUGAACAAGAACCUACAAGGCAAAGAACAGCUGGUGUCACACCUGUAUGCGCACAUGAAAGCCUUCUGUGUAAAGCUCCGCCUGUUUGAGACACAACUACGAAGCUUUAAUGCUGCACACUUCCCUGCCCUGUCUGAAAUCAAGUCUGCUUUUCCAAAGGCAGACCUUUAUGCUAAAAAGGAGAAAUAUGCUUCUGUAAUUACAUCUCUUGUGACAGAAUUCAACCAGCGUUUUCAAGAUUUUUCUGUCAUUGAAAAACAAAUCAAGCUGUUCUCGACCCCCUUCCUGGUGGAUGCAGAAGAAGUGGAGGAGAGUCUGCAGUUAGAACUGAUUGAAAUGCAAUGUGAUGAUUCUCUGAAGAGUCAACAUCAGCUUCUCUCCCUCCCUGACUUCUAUCAGACUUUGGAUCGUGCCAAGUUUCCUCUGAUGAGACGCCACGCAAAAAGAAUGAUGAGCCUGUUCGGCUCAACAUACAUAUGUGAACAAACAUUUUCUCUGUUAAAUCAGAACAAAAGCAGACUGAGAUCCAGAAUGACUGAUAGCCAUCUCUGUGAAGUCCUCCGUGUCUCAACCACCAAACUUUCUCCUGACAUCCCAGCCAUCCUUCAAUCCAAAGGACAGCAUCACUGCUCCCACUGA